AUGGCAAACAGUGAAUGGGUGUUGGAAUUUCCGUCGGGCAGAAGUGAAUAUUUGAGAUUUGAAGGAUCUGACCACCGGCCUUUGGUCACCUCCUUUGACCCUAUUAAACAAAAGAGAAGAGGUUUGUUCCGGUAUGAUAGAAGUUUAAAAGGAAAUGAGGAAGUGAGGAAACUUAUCCUAGAUGCCUGGAAGUUGAUCCCGGAGGCAGCAGUUGAGGAAAGACUAGAGGUUUGCAGGAGGGAGAUAAUCACCUGGAGCAAAAAGAACCGUGAAAACAGUAAAAAAACAAUCAAUCUGCUCCAGAAAGAUUUGGAAGAACAAAUGACUAAGGAUGAGGAUAAUCAAGAGGAGUUAGACAGAAUAAACAAAGAGCUACUGAAAGCUUACCAGAAGGAAGAGGCUUUCUGGAAACAGAGGAGUCGACAGCUGUGGCUCACCUUGGGAGAUAAGAAUACGGGAUAUUUCCACGCAGCUCCCAAAAGCAGGAGGGCCCUAAACAACAUAUCAGUGAUGGAGGCAGCGAAUAGUAUUCCAGUUUUUGAAGAAAAUGAAAUAGUCCAGGAGGGCCCUAAACAACAUAUCAGUGAUGGAGGCAGCGAAUAG